ACGUUCACUUGCAUUCUACGCACCCCUCGAGCCACUCCACCAUAAAUCGUGUCGUCGAUCGUCACUCGUCCAAGUCGCCGGCAUUCUACGAAGCUCUUAUGAGGACGUUCCGCCCCAUGGCUGCUCGGCCCAUCCACCCCCUACCAACCCGACUGACGGAACUCAUAUCGACGGAGAUAUGCGAGCUCGUCAUCACUCAUUGCAAAGAUAAGGCGACGCUCCUGGCGUGCAUGCGCGUCUGCAAGGCCUGGGUGCCGCGCGCCCGCUUCAUCUUGUUUUCGAGGGUCAUCUGUCGGCCGAGCGUGGUCAUCCCGAGCGGCACAAGUGCGAGCCCCGUUUCCUCUGUUGUGCGCUACCGAGCACCGGACUGCAAUCGGGAGGAGCUGAUUUACGGUAAUGCGGACGGAGUUCACAAUCACAGCUCCGAGAAGGUGCUUCUGAAGGUCAAAAACGUAUCGCAAAUGGAGAUUUUGGUCGAAUACGAUCUUUUUCUGUGCCUGGCCGAUGGGCUUUUCUGCACAUUGCCCCUGCACAGAAUGCUAUCCGGUCACGCAAAUGAGGAUGAUCUGACGGUCCUUUCGGAACAGGUCCAUGCUUUCGAUGUGCUGCAAGACGAUAUGAGAGCACAAGUCUGCAUUCGGAAGGGGGGCUUUCGGCGCGGCAUCAUCAAGAUUUUCGAGAGUCGGCGAGGCGUUCCCAGUGAACAGGACGUCGGCCAAACCACAAAUUCUGGACUGCACGAAAUGAAAGAGAUCUUCAUUCCAAACGAGAUACGCUCCAUCCGUGGUCCACGUGCAAACCGCGGAGACGCACAAUUUGCUCGAUCCAACUGACUGGACUCUCCGGGCCGUAUCCAAAGACAGAUACCUUAAUGCGCUGGAUUGUUUCAUAACGCGAAAUCACCAGAGGUUCUUCGUCUGCUACGACAAAUAUAUGCUGCAUAUCAGCAGAGGGGGGAAACAGCUCGCGGAGCCAUCUCCGCAGAGCUGGCCAGAGGGCCCACUUCCUUCCAGUUACGUCUUCAAGAGAUCCUACCUGCUCGCAUUCUUAUCUACGCACAUUGAUGUGUCGUGGUGGAUGAUAAUUGAUGGGUAUGAUCCGGAGAUUCACGCACUGCACCCCCGCGGUCAUCAGAAGGUUCUCGGACGAUACACCCUGCUCAACGCGUUUGACCGGGACGAAAGCGUAUUUCUAAUGGCGCAUCAGAGUAACGAUGUAGUAGAGCUCAAGUUCUGGUCCCGUGUAUCUAUCUGAUAAAGGAUUUUUGCGUGUCAUUUCAGGAGAUUUCCGCAGGGAUUUCCGGCACUUGACCCUCAGCAAAAGUUCAAGUUGUAAUAUAGUGAAACGACUGUCACGGGACCG